GCAUAACCUCCAAAACCAAAUUCAAUACACAAACAUUGGCAUCAAAACCUUCAAAAAAAUCGUAUAUUCCAAUUCAUCAAAGAAAAAUUUCAGAGUAAGAAAAUUUCAUAUAAAUCAAAACCAUGGCUUAUUGGUCAGCAGAAAAAGCCACAAAGGCCUGUCUUAGCACUUUGGAAAUGGGCCCAAAAGCAAAGGAACCAGGUGUAGCUGAAUUUAUUUCAGCAGAAGCAGCUGGAUACAAUGCACAACUAAUGGUUGUGGCAUGUGGUGGUCCAGCUGACACAACAACACUUGCAUUAGUAGCUGCUGCUCACCAAACUGGUGGAAAUGUAAUUUGCAUUGUCCCUAAUCAUCAAGAUCUAAUUUCCUCAAAAAAUUUCCUAGGAAUUUUUGCAAAUCAAGUUCAAUUCAUGGUUGGAAAAGAAGGUCAAGAAAUAAUUAUGGUGUUAAACCAAGCUGAUUUUGUGCUAAUUGAUUGUAACUUCAUGAAUCAUGAAGAGAUUGUUAAAUUGGUACAAAUUGGUGGGAAUAUGCAAAAGGGUAUAGUUGUUGUUGGUUAUAAUGCAUUUAGUUGUAAAGGGUGGUCAAUUUGGAGGUCAUGUGGAUCAAAAACUAAAUUGCUUCCUAUUGGAGAAGGGUUAUUGGUGACAAGAUUUAGAGAAAAUUGGGUUAGUCCUAAAUGUGGAUGUGGAAUGAACAAGAGUAGAGGUCGUUGGGUUGUUAAGGUUGAUAAAUACACUGGUGAAGAACAUAUUUAUAAAAUUAGGGUUCCAAGAGGGAAAGUUAUUUAAACUUGAUUAUAUGGUUGAUUUGGGUGCAAAGGGCAAAAUACUCUUUAGGCUCAUUGUCUGUAUACGAAGGAAUCAUACAUUUGUGUAGUCAGGUGACUUGGAGUAUUGUCGGACUAAAAUCAAAUGACCUAUAUUACGACUUUGAUAAAUUAAAUCCAAAAUGCAAUGUUGGGAUAUAAUUUAUCUUUUGAAAUUACAACAAUUGCAUGCUGGCUCGCAGCAUUCCACGUCACAAGUAAUUAAUAUGGUUACAUUUUAUAAGAUUUGGAUAAUUUUGUUUUGUUCU